AUGAGCAUGGACGCUGGCGGUCUCGCUCAGAUGACUUUUAACGGUUUCUCUUCCAACGGCCUUGGCGCUCCCGGCUCUGGCUUUGCUUCUAGAAACAGAGGAGCCCAUAACCACAAGCGCCUUAGCGUUGGCCUCCCUCAGCAUAUCAACCCUACUGAGAACCACUCCGACUCAAACCCUACACCCCGUACCUCGCGCUCCCACCUCCUCGCCGGUCUCCGUACUGCCCCAAAGACGCCGGCCGUCCCGGCCUCCGCUCCUUACAACCAGCUAGACUACCAGUCUCAGCUUAGUGGCAUGGACGCCAAUACAUACAACGCUUAUAUGCAAGGUGUUCCUCAGUCAGCCACUGCCGCUAGCUUUGGUGGUAACCACUACGCUGGUCGCCAGCAACACCAACAGCAGCAGCAACAGCGUCAUCAGCAACAGCAACAACAACACAUGUAUUCUAUGCCCGAGCAGCGCCAGCAGCAACUUCAGCAGCAGCUCGCCGCUAUCACUGCUGCCGCCAACACUGCUCAGUUGCAGGGAUUGAACCUCGCCCAGUUCCAACAGCCAAUGUCACAGAUCAAUGCCUAUGGCCAGCAGCACGCCCAGCAGCACGCCCAGCAACAACAGUCGCCUAUCGAGGUCCCUGGUCAACCUGGUCUCUACCUUGUGUACAAUCCCAUGACUGGCCAGUACCAGUACGCAGUAGACAACAACGCCCAGUCCCCCAUGUCGCCUGUCUCGCAGCACCAGAACGGCUUCUUCAGUGUUGACACUCCUCAGAAACAGCAACAGCCCGUCUUCCGUGCCGAAAUCUCGCCGCCACCCACCGAGCGCCCUACCCCUACUGGUUCUCGCUCCAUCACUCCUCCUAAGAAGACAUCUUCGCCUGCAUCGAGCCUUGCUCACACAAGCAGCGUCGCUACUUUCGGUUCUGCCAGAUCCGUCUUCCCACCCACUCCAAUGACUGGCACUUUCGGACCUGGCGCUGCUCGUGCUGGAGAACACCCUGUUCGUCAACCUCGUGGCCCACCUCCACUCGAAGAACUCAUCGCUUUGCCCACCAGCAAGCACGAAGGCAGCAAGAACUUCGCCACUCGUCAACGCCGUCGUGCUCUCGACAACCUCGUUCGUGCUGGCUCGUUCCGUCGUGCCGUCAGUGGAUCCCCUCGCGGUAGUCCUAUCAGCGAGCGCGAGCUUCACUUGCAGUCAGAGGAGGAUGAGCCGUGCUUCCGCAAGCAGAGUCCCAUCGGCAGCGAGCGCAACGCUAAGAGAAGCUCCAAGGACAGCCUCGAGGGCCUUGGUGCAGGUGGAGCCGUCCACACUCCGGUCAGCGAGAAGGGAGACGCUUUCGACAUGGGAGCUUUUGCUAAGCAGCUCCCCAGCCCUAUUCAGCAAGGUCUCGGCCGCAGACAUAUGAUGUUGGGCGUUCUCAGCGCAGCUGAGAAGAGAAAGAGCAUGUUCUAG